GCGAGCGCGGGGGCCAGAGCAGAGCCAGAGACCCCGGGGAGCGAAGGUGGCCUCAGUGGGGAGAGAAGGAACAAAAAGGAACGAAGAAAGAAAGAAAGAAAGAAGAGUGCGUGAGCGAAAGCGUCUCCUUCCCCGGCCGCGGCCCUGCCAUCCCCCUGCAGCGCCGGAGAAAAUGAACAAGAUGAAAAACUUCAAGAGGAGGUUUUCCCUCUCGGUUCCCCGGACAGAGACCAUCGAGGAGUCGCUGACCGAGUUCACGGAGCAGUUCAACCAGCUCAACAACAGGAAGAAUGAAGACAUAGCUCACAGGCGCCUGCAGCUGGGCAGGGACUUCCAGGCGGACCCGACCUCCAUUUCCCUGUCAGAGGUGGAGGGCCAGUCCCCGACAACUGUACGCUACCGGAACAACAACCAGCGCCGCUUCUCCAUGGAGGACGUCAGCAAGCGGCUCUCCCUCCCCGUGGACAUCCGCCUGCCCCCGGAGUUCAUGCAGAAGCUGCAGAUGCACAGCCCCGAGUUCCCCAAGCCCCUCAGCAGGAUGUCUCGGCGGGCAUCCCUGUCAGAUAUCGGAUUCGGGAAGCUGGAAACCUACGUUAAAUUGGACAAGCUGGGCGAGGGCACCUAUGCCACUGUCUUUAAGGGGCGCAGCAAGCUGACAGAGAACCUGGUGGCUCUGAAAGAGAUCCGUCUGGAGCAUGAAGAAGGGGCCCCCUGCACAGCUAUAAGGGAGGUCUCCCUCCUGAAGAACCUGAAGCACGCAAACAUCGUGACCCUGCAUGAUAUCAUUCACACAGAGCGAUCCCUCACCCUUGUCUUCGAGUACCUGGACAGUGACCUCAAGCAGUACCUGGACAACUGUGGGAACCUGAUGAGCACGCACAACGUGAAGAUCUUCAUGUUCCAGCUGCUGCGGGGUCUGUCGUACUGCCACCGGAGGAAGAUCCUGCAUCGCGACCUCAAACCGCAGAACUUGCUCAUCAACGAGAGGGGGGAGCUGAAGCUGGCAGACUUCGGUCUCGCCAGAGCCAAGUCGGUCCCUACCAAGACGUAUUCCAAUGAGGUGGUCACGCUGUGGUAUCGGCCUCCAGACGUCCUGCUGGGCUCGACCGAGUACUCCACGCCCAUCGAUAUGUGGGGCGUGGGCUGCAUCCACUAUGAAAUGGUCACAGGACGGCCCAUGUUCCCUGGGUCCACCGUGAAAGAAGAGCUGCAUUUAAUCUUCCGGCUGCUGGGGACCCCUACAGAAGACUCCUGGCCUGGAAUCACAUCCAACGAGGAGUUCAAGGCUUACAGUUUCACCCAGUACCGUGCCCAGCCACUGAUCAACCAUGCCCCGAGGCUGGACACAGACGGGAUCGAUCUGCUGACGAACCUUCUCUUGUAUGAAGCCAAGAGCCGGAUCUCGGCUGAAGCAGCCUUACGACACCCUUACUUCAAGAGCCUGGGGGAACGUGUGCACCUCUUGCCUGACAAUGCCUCCAUCUUCACUCUGAAGGAAAUACAGCUUCAAAAGGACCCAGGCUACCGAGGCUCAGUCUUUCAGCAGUCAGGUCGAGGGAAGAACAGGAGGCAGAGUAUAUUUUAAACCUGUCUCCUUCCCUUCGUCACCGUGGAGAUCAAAGCACUGAGAAAGGAGAGGACCACAUGCUCCCACCAGACUCAUCCACAGAGCGUUUCAAUCUAGCAGGAAGAGACUGGAGGGCACUCUUCUGCCACAGGCUGCCCUCCAGCUGGCCUCACAAUCCCACCGCUGCCACCAGUCAGCCCACCGGUGUCUCUUGUCAAAGGAGCUGUAGCGCCUGCUCCUCUCCCCCUCGCUUUUCACACGGUGCCACCACAGCUGGGGCCCCGCCUGCCGUACCAGGGUAAGGUGCUUUACUGAGUGACUGGCUGCCCUGGGCAUAGCCCCAUGUGCCCCCCACGUGCACCUGCUGGCGUGGUAAGUGGGCACGCAUGGAGGCUCUGCCGGCGGGAGACAGGGUCUCCAACAGCUGGCAGGAUGGUGGCAUGGAGCGAUCAGGGAGUGGCAGAUGUACCUGCAAACACACGGUGUGCCUGCAUCAGGCAUCCUCCUGCUCCCGCCACUGGUGAAGUUGGACCUGGGCCGACAGACUGUGGUGAAGGAUGGGUGCAAAGUUUCCAGCCGGGGGGUACCUCACGAUGAGCCCCGUGCAGGGCUUUCUGGCACUGCCCACGUAGUAGGGACAGAAUCAUUUGACGCGGGGGAGCUCUCCCUUAGCCUCCCCCACAGGUGCCUGAACAGGGGAUCCCUCUUCCCCACUUCCGCACUGGAGCCCAAGCGCUGUCUCGUCUGAACAGCUGCCCUGAGGGCCAGGAGGAUGGAGGGAGUGAAGGGAAAAUGCCAAUUAGCUGGAUUCCUCUGAUCCUAUCACUUUUCCCAGCAACCUUCUUCCCUGCCCACACUGUAUUUUUUAAUCUCUGACAGCUGGCUGCUAUGUACAGACUUCCCCAGUGCAAUGAUGUAGCAGGACUGGGAAUCGGGGCACAGAGAUGGGGAUCAGCUCUGUGCAAAAACAGCACAGCAUUCCCCAGGAUGUUCAUCCAGCCCUCUCCAGAACAAACACAAUCACUCAGAGCCUGCCGUGCUCCUAAUCCACCUUUGGAGACACAGGCACAGUCUCCCCAAGUGGCUUGGGAGCUUCUGUGAACUCUCCAGCCACUCAAGCCCAUCUUCGAGCUUAUUGCAAAGCGUGGAAGAGCCGGAGUAAGUCUGCCUCCCGGUGCAGGUGUGCUGUGCUGGUGACAGGUGUAGGAGGAGGCUAGUCCCACCACUGUGAGGCUGCAGCAUAGAAACGGACUGAAAGGUGACGUCCCUGUCAUGCAGGGAGCGUUCCCAAGUGCAUUGCGCUCACCUUUCACUCUGUGCUUGAUUGCUGUUGGCUCAUUGCCGGCUUGCACUGCCCACAAUUUCUACGCAUGUGCCGAUGCCAGUGGGAUUGAAGCACUUACCUAAAUCUGAGCAUGUACGUAUGUGCGUGGUUGGAUUAGAAACGUUAUGUGUGCAUGUUCUCCAUUUAUGCCAGGGUCCUGCCACGUACUGCUCAGAUAAAGUCAUAUCCUGUCCAAACAGCUCAAACCAAACCGGAAACCGUUUUGGUUGAAAAAGUUGCAAGAAGUUUCCAUUUUUAAUAGACUGUUCCUCCCCUCUCUGCCUCUUGCUUUCUGCGCUCUGUGCUCCCCCUGCCCAGCUGGCACUAACAAAAAUCAUGGGUUGGUCACCUGAUUGUGGGACUGGCAGGCAGGAAAUCCUCCAUUCCUAUCCAAACGGCUCCCCUCACAUGCUGCUAGCCUUGGGCAGAUGAUGUCACCUCUCUGUGCCUCAGUUUCCCCAUCUGUCACGUGGGGCUGAUGAUCUUUAGCUGUCUUACUGGGAGACAUAAUGCUCCGUGGCCCUCAGAAAAUGCAAAGAUAAGGUGGAGACGGGCUGGUACCUGAACUUCCCCAGUACUUGAGACGGUUAAUCGCGCGUUCCAGCUCAGGUCAGAUGGGAAGCGCUAGGUCACACACAGGCCACAGCAGCUUGGAUUUCAGUUGGGCUCAUCCUGGAUAAGCAUCCAUGCUUCAGCAUUACUUGAGGUUUGCUUAGUUUCUUUCUCCGUACACCUGGGCCAAGAAAAUGUGCUUUUCUCUUUCAUUCUUUAGGGAAGAGCAUGGCUAACCCUGUCUGCAGGGCAUGUCUGCAGCACAUGCGUGACACGUUUAGCCCUUGCACAUACCUGUAUAAAGUGUAUCAGUCUGCUCAGCUUCACAGGCUCUGCUCCAGCUGUACCAGGGCUCUCA